UUUGAUACGAAAUAAUACCCAACUGAUGACAUACGGACAUUAUUUAAGUACCGGCAAAUUUUUCGCCACAUAUCCUCAGGAAUACUUAUCACUAUUUGGUUCUAUUGUGGAUCAGACCGUAGGAACGGCUUCUUUGCUCUUUGCUGUGUCUGCAGUGACUGAUGACAAAAACUUAAAUAUACCGAAAGCUUUACAACCAUUUUGUUUGGCGUUUGUGAUCGCAAGUCACGCCAUUGCCUUCGGGGGCAAUACAGGCGCACCACUAAAUCCGGCCCGAGAUUUAGGCCCCAGAAUAUUCUCAGCAAUGGUUGUCUAUGGAAAGGAAGCGUUUACAGCACUCGAUGGCAACUACUGGUGGUCGGGAGGAGUUGUCGGCCCUAUAAUAGGGGCAACAAUAGGCGUUUGGACUUACUUUCUAUUUAUUGAAUUACCAAAA